CGCGGGCCUUCUUGCCCCAGCCGUUCUGAUGUAUGUGGCGGUUUUCUGUCCGUUUCUCGCACACAUUUCUGGAGUAUGAAACCCGUGGUUGGUCCGGAAACUGUCGUACGUCCAGUUUGUUUCUGUCGUCUUUCUUGGGCCCAGACUGGUGCGAACAAACCGGAAGCCGAAUCGACUGUACGUGUGCCACCACGGCCAUGUUCGUAAGUCUACCGGCCUUGACCUCUGACUAUGCUUUACGUAUUCGUUUUUCUGUGACCACUCCCUGGCCCCUAGGCAAGAGUUGGCACUGCCACCGUUUUUCAGUUCAGCGGCAACAGGCUUUGGACAGUUUUGGAAUUCGGCUGCGUACCAGAGAGAUGUAACGACUCCCGCUGCCCAAAUUGGAAACGUCACGAAACGUCUGACAACCCAUAAAUGCGCCUGCGCGAACUGGUUUCUGAGCUAGGCUUAUUCUCCGCACUUCUACACAAACACCCUCGCUGUCAAAGCUAUGUUCGGAGACGAGGGCUGCGGACGGGCUGCUGCCCCGAGGCCGCAUUCGGCUCCCUUGCUGCUGAUCUGCGCUACCAGGAGCUGUUAGGCGGCAUCUGACGCGCACGAUUUGUAGGUUUCGUGAAUCACACUUUUUUGGCACUGACCCUCCACUGAGUCACGAUGCCGUCCGCGGGCGGACACGGGGACGCAAUGCAAGUUCCAGCGGGGCACGAAGACGGUGACUACUUUUCCCGGAAGCAGAGACUCCUUGCUGUUCUGUUCCAGUCUGUUGUUACUGGACCAGUCGCCCACGAGGCUGCGCGGGCUCAUCUAGGACCUAACGUCCUGGCAGCUUGUACGGGAAAGGAGCGCUUUGAAACGUCCAUGACAGGGUCGCCCACAAAGAGCGGCACCACGACGGUUAACGGAGGGUCCGAUCGCAGAGCUGGAGCAAACGCGUACCGAACCACACACAAAUCAAGGGCUGCUUCACGUGCAGGUGGCCGCGGACACAACCUCGACGAGGGCAGCACAGAGAAAAACAGGUCAAGGUGCCUUCACGUAACUGAACAUAGACGCAGCGCGACUGUCGCUUCAGAGAACGAGACACCUAGCCUCCCAAAUGGUAAUGAAGGCUGCCGGAAGAGAAAAUUUUAUGACGAACAACUGCCCGUCGGUGUGUACCGCCAAAAGCAGAAAUAUGUUGCGAACUGGAUACAUCCGAAAACCCGCAGGCAAAUCAAGGUGAGUUUCCCCAUCGACCUGUGGGGCGACUCUCAAGCUCGCAAGAUGGCUGUGAUUGCCAGACGUGAGCGAUGCAUGGAUGUUGGAGAGGUGGAGAGUCUUCUCAAGCGUGAAGAGCGUAACAAGACUUCAAGGCAUCAACCAGUUCCGUCGGGGGGUGGCGGCAACCAAAUAUCCAACGAUUCGUAUAGUGCCGUUUCGAUGGCUGCGGUCCAGCGUGCUGAUUUAAAGACGGGAAAAUAUCACCCACCAGACUCAGCGCUCGAAAACGCCUAGAGCUGGGGCGUUAUGGCAACCACAUUUAGCUUACAGAGAGGGUGUCAACCGCCACAAAAUUCUUCCUCGCCUUCAGCAUGUCCUCACUGACGACGUCGGCUCGAGCAGCUGUUUUGUCUGCCUGUGACCAUGCUCACGAAGACGGCGGUUUUUGUCCCGGUUCUCCCAUCGUGGUUUUAUGGGGGAAACUAUAUUUCCUUGUGUACAGGAACAGUGUCCCAUCUUGUUGCCAAGCUUCACAGAUGUUUGCAAGCAGGGUGUGAGUAGCUUCCGUGGGGGAGAGCCGAAUGCGACUCCUUUUAGUAACAGUGAGAUUGUCGGGAACCGCGUAUGGCCUGGCGAAAGGACACACAGGGAAAGAGUGACGUUCGCCACGGGAAAAUUGUUAAUCCUUCACUACCGUAGAAUCCAAGAGGUGCAAGCACCCUGGAAGAACAUGGUCUCAGAGUCACAUCUUUUUUCGCCGUGAACACUUUCUGUUGCCAGAUAGCAUCGCAGGGGAUUCAACACCAUGUGUCGCAGUUGCAGAACACCACGUUUCCUCCGAGCCCUUACCCGGGUAGAAGCUUCACCAGGCUGUAAAUCCCGUGAGUCGUCCUCACAAAUCAUCAAGCAGGUGUCCUCAGGGAGACUGCCUGACUGAGUUAUGCUAAUUCCUUUCUACUUUGGC